CAGUGCACACAGUACACACGGCUUUGCCAGGCAACUCUGCUUCGCCUUUGCAGGCUCCUUCCUCUCUGACACUUUGCUGAGAAGAGAAGGCAAACAGUCCUUGCGUAGAACGCGGGGGCUCCUGCUUUCCAGUGAGAGCGCUGUUCUCGGAGGAGGAAGGCGGAGGAAGGCUGUUGUGGCGGUCGCUCCCCCGGGUGGCAAUAGGGGUGGCUCUUUCUGUGACGGCGUGCCAUGCGACCUGAGCGCUAAGUGGAGUAUGCUGCAGACGAUUUACGAGAGCGAGUCAAGUUUCUCCACAACAGACGACCGCAUCGGAGCCCAGACGCUCCCCAACCAGAGCAGGAUGCACAACGUGAACAACUCAGUGGAGAUAAAGUCAGAAGUGCCGCUGGUCGUGGAACCUCUGUCUCCGUUGGACCUACGGACAGACCUGAGGAUGCUGGGGCCAGGCUCGGAACCGGGGCUCUGGGAGAGGCAGCUCCAGCAGGAGCUCCUGCUUAUCCAGAAGCAGCAGCAGAUCCAGAAGCAGCUACUCAUCAGCGAGUUCCAGAAGCAGCACGAGAAGUUAACUCGUCAACACCAGGCUCAGCUCCAAGAACACCUCAAGCUUCAGCAGGAGCUCCAGUCUGUGAAACAGCAGCAGGAGCUGGCAGAGAAGGAGCGGCGUCUGGAGCAGCAGCAGAAUCAUCAGCUCCAACAGAACCAGCAGCAGAACCAGCAGGAGAAAGAGCUGGAGAGACAUCGGCGAGAGCAGCACAUCUCCUGCUUGAGCCUUCGGGCCAAAGAGCGCGCCAGAGAGAGUCUCGCAGGUGCAGUGGCCAGUACGGAGGUGAAGCAGAAACUCCAAGAGUUUCUGUUAAGCAAAUCAGCAAAGGACCCCGCCAGCAAUGGCGGCAAUCAUUCGUUCAUUCACCACCCUAAGCUCUGGUACAGGUCCUCCCAUCACAUAUCCCUGGACCAAAGCUCUCCCCCCCUGGGCGGCAUGUCCCCUACCUGCCACUACACUCUGCCAUCACCCAAUGACAGCAAGGACGACUUCCCCUUGAGGAAGACAGCCUCUGAGCCCAACCUGAAGGUGCGGUCCAGACUGAAGCAGAAAGUCGCCGAGAGGAGGAGCAGUCCCAUGCUCAAAAGGAGAGACGGCAACCUCAUGACGCCUUACAAGAAGAGGGCGCUGGAGCUCAUGGAUUCUACGCCCACAAACAGUGCCCCUGGCUCGGGCCCCAGCUCCCCCAUAGGGGCCUCCAGUGCCUUGGGGGCUGAAAACGGACCUUCCUCUUUGCCUACCACCACAAAAACUGAGCGAUGGCCUUCACAGCCAAGAUUAUUCCGGCCCGAGAACUCAAUGUCCGUCUUGAGUUUGUACACAUCUCCGUCCCUACCCAACAUUUCCUUGGGGCUUUCCGCCGCAUCUUCUCCCCUGAAUGCGGCAAUGGGCUUGAAGGACAGAUCAGCAGAAAUAAAGCAUGGACUUCCGGGACAUCUCCUGGGUCCCGUUCCACUUCACGCAGGUCUAGAGUCCAAAGUGAGCCCCAGUCACCAGGCUCUGCUGCAACACCUCUUGCAGAAGGAGCAGAUGAGGCAGCAGAAGAUGCUCUCCGCUGGACCGCCAGGCCCCGUGUCAUCCCACCCUCCGUCCCCUUUGGCCAUGAAGGAUCGCCCUCCUAGCAGCCGCCCCAAACUACCCAAACAUCGGCCCUUGAACAGGACCCAGUCUGCGCCCCUCCCCCAGAACGCGCUGGCCCAACUAGUCAUCCAGCAGCAACACCAGCACUUCCUGGAGAAACAGAAACAGUACCAGCAGCAGAUCCACAUGAAUAAGCUGCUGUCCAAGUCCAUCGAGCAGUUACGUCAGCCCAGCGCACACCUGCAGGAGUCUGAGGAGGAGCAGGAGGAGCGCAUGCAGGAGGACAGGCUGCCCCCCGGAGGAGUCAUCCGGAAGCACACGCUCAGCAGCAGUGGCAGCAGCAGCGGCGGCUCCAGCGUGGAGCUCCCCGACGCCCACUACGGGGUCAUCAAGGUCAAGGAGGAGCCGGCGGACAGCGAGGACGAGGCGCUGGCCAAUCAGAGCUUAGUGGCCGAGAGGAGCGCCUAUCUUCACCAGGUCAAAGGGAGACUGGUGAUAAGAGCCAUGAUCUGAGGAGGACGGGGAGGAGGUCACACACUCCGACAUUCGCAGAUAAACACCUCACACACACACACACACACACACACACACACACACACACACACACACACACACACACACACACACACACACACAUUGCACUGUACGACAAACGAUCCCUUUGAGACUCCCGUGCCGUCUGCCCAACGCUACAUUUUGAUGUAAAUAUUACCAAGAGCUGCUUGUGGUUGUUUGAGCGUACAUAUAUUGUGUAAGCAUAGCGCGCCUCUAGAGCAGUGUUUUUCAACCACCGUGCCGCGGCCCACUCGUGCGCCGUGAGAUACAGUCUGGUGUGCCGUGGGAGAUUAUGUAAUUUCACCUAUUUGGGUUAAAAAUAUUUUUUUGCAAACCAGUAAUUAUAAUCCGCAAAUAAUGUGCCGUUGUUGAGUGUCGGUGCUGUCUAGAGCUCGGCAACGUAACCGUGUAAUACUCUUCCAUAUCAGUAGGAGGCAGCUAAUAGUUAAUUGCUUUGUAGAUGUCGGGAACACGUCGUGUGAGACGACGAGGGUUUGCCGUCGUAUCUAAUGCUUAAUCCAAAAAUAAACAAAAGGUGAGUGCCCCUAAGAAAAGGCAUUGAAGCUUAGGGGAGGCUAAGCAGAACGAAACUAAAACUGAACUGGCUACAAAGUAAACAAAAACAGAAUGCUGGACGACAGCAAAGACUUACUGUGGAGCAAAGACGGCGUCCACAAAGUACAUCCUUACAUGACAUGACAAUCAAAUGUGUCCCCACAGAGAAGGAUAGCAACAACUUAAACAGUCUUGAUUGCUAAAACAAAGCAGGUGCGGGGACUAGCGUUUAAAGGGGAACAUUAUCACCAGACCUAUGUAAGCGUCAAUAUAUACCUUGAUGUUGCAGAAAAAAGACCAUAUAUUUUUUUAACCGAUUUCCGAACUCUAAAUGGGUGAAUUUUGGCGAAUUAAACGCCUUUCUAUUAUUCGCUCUCACAUCGGGAAGCAAUCCGCCAUUUUCUCAAACACAUUACAAACACCGAGUCAAAUCAGCUCUGUUAUUUUCCGUUUAUUCGACUGUUUUCCGUACCUUGGAGACAUCAUGCCUCGUCGGUGUGUUGUCGGAGGGUGUAACAACACGAACAGGGACGGAUUCAAGUUGCACCAGUGGCCCAAAGAUGCAAAAGUGGCAAGAAAUUGGACAUUUGUUCCGCACACUUUACCGACGAAAGCUAUGCUACGACAGAGAUGGCAAGAAUGUGUGAAUAUCCUGCGACACUCAAAGCAGAUGCAUUUCCAACGAUAAAGUCAAAGAAAACUGCCGCCAGACCCCUAGGAAAAGAGAGCGGAUGAGGGUAUGUCUACAGAAUAUAUUAAUUGAUGAAAACUGGGCUGUCUGCACUCUCAAAGUGCAUGUUUUUGCCAAAUGUAUUUCAUAUGCUGUAAAUCUAGUUCAUAGUUGUUAGUUUCCUUUAAUGCCAAACAAACACAUACCAAUCGUUGGUUAGAGGGCGAUCGCCAAAUUCGUCCUCGCUUUCUCCCGUGUCGCUGGCUGUCGUGUCGUUUUCGUCGGUUUCGCUUGCAUACGGUUCAAACCGAUAUGGCUCAAUAGCUUCAGUUUCUUCUUUAAUUUCGUUUUCGCUACCUACCUCCACACUACAACCAUCCGUUCAAUACAUGCGUAAUCUGUUGAAUCGCUUAAUCCGCUGAAAUUCGAGUCUGAAUCCGAGCUAAUGUCACUAUAGCUUGCUGUUCUAUCCGCCAUGUUUGUUUGUAUCGGCAUUACUAUGUGACGUCACAGGAAAAUGGACGGGUGUAUAUAACGAUGGUUAAAAUGAGGCACUUUGAAGCUUUUUUUAGGGAUAUUGCGUGAUGGGUAAAACUUUGAAAAAAAACUUCGAAAAAUAAAAUAAAGUUAAAGUUAAAGUUAAAGUACCAAUGAUUGUCACACACACACUAGGUGUGGUGAAAUUUGUCCUCUGCAUUUGACCCAUCCCCUUGAUCACCCCCUGGGAGGUGAGGGGAGCAGUGGGCAGCAGCGGCGCCGCGCCCGGGAAUCAUUUUUGGUGAUUUAACCCCCAAUUCCAACCCUUGAUGCUGAGUGCCAAGCAGGGAGGUAAUGGGUCCCAUUUUUAUAGUCUUUGGUAUGACUCGGCCGGGGUUUGAACUCACAACCUACCGAUCUCAGGGCGGACACUCUAACCACUAGGCCACUGAGUAGCCACUGGGAACUGAUUUUUAAUGCUUUUAACUCUUCUGAAAUUGUGAUAAUGUUCCCCUUUAAGGAAGACAUGAAACUGCUACAGGAAAACACCAACAAAACAGGAAAAGCCACCAAAAUAGGAGCACAAGACAAGAACUAAAACACUACACACAGAAAAACAGCAAACAACUCCAAAUAAGUCACGGCGUGAUGUGACAGGCCGUGACAGUACACCUACUUUGAGACAAGAGCGAUAUUGAUGCAUGCUUGGUUAUAGUUUAAAGUCAGACCCAACACUUGCGACAACGACUUUUUACUGUCAAUGUAGCGGUAAAGUCCUAUACUCUUAAUGCUACUCGUUGCCGAAUAUAACUGAAGCUAGUUUAGACGUGUGCAGCUGGCUAAUAAUUGAUGUCCAGAAUUGUGUCCAUGUUUAACACAAAUAUUUAUUAUCAUACAGUCACGUAAAUCAAAACUCACUUUGGGAGCAAACAAAUCAUAGCCUGGCACAGUCAAAAACUGUUGCGCCUCCACUCAGCAACACCUGAGCAAGAUCCCAGCCCCUCCCUAAGUAGACUGGCACUUGGCCUUGAGCCAACCCCUUUAGUGACGUCAUGAAUUUGACGGACAGAAAGAGAACCGUAUUUUUCGGACUAUAAGUCGCAGUUUUUUUCGUAGUUUGGCCGGGCUCCAGUGCGACUUAUAUAUGUUUUUUUCCUUCUUUAUUAUGCAUUUUUGGCAGGUGCGACUUAUACUCCGGUGCGACUUAUACUCCGAAAAAUACGGUAAAAGGCUCUCACAGUCAAUAUCGCUACGGAGUUUCAUUUUUUAAAAUGUUUUCUGCUGGUUGUGUGCCUCCGGAUUUUUCCAACGCAAAAUAUGUGCCUGGGCUCAAAAAAGGUUGAAAAACACUGCUCUAGAGGACGGAGUUAGCAGGUGCACGGCGUGGACGAGCCAGCGUGUGCAACCUUUGUGCACACUUCCACUCAUCUUUACGGUGUGCUGCUCCUGGGGGAAAAAAAAUGUUACGGGGCGAACACGUGUCUUAGCCAGAAUGUACAAAGUAAACCCUGACAGAAUAUGCCGGGAUUGCGGUCGAAACUGGGACGCACAUGCAUCACCCAACACUUCCUCAUCUGGGCGCCUGCCUCUUGGAGAGCUCUCCUCCCUGCGGGUCCAAAUGAAGAAAAAAAAAAAGCUCCUGCCCAGCUUUCAGCAGAGGAGUCAGACAGAGAGCGCGAGAGGGCCGGGCAGGAAAUGCCUUCUAGGAGCCAGGAGUCGGGAGUGAUUCAUGUGUGCUGGAAUGUUUGCGAGAGAGGAGGGCCUCGGCUCGCCUUCACAAUUGAUUUAGUGUCCUGGCGCAUUACAAAGUGAUACGAUCGAGGGAGUCCUGUACUUGGGAGAUGGCUUCCUCUGUGAUCUCCCCAGUGGCGUGUGUCUACCUCCUCGUGCGGCGUCGUUUCAUGGCCGCCGACGAGGAGGGAAAAACAAACUUUUCUUUUAGUCCAUGAAAAAGCGCCCACUGAGACAUGUAUAGUCUGUCUUCAAGUGAAACGUGUUGGAUAGCUGUAAACCUUCUCCGUUCAUUCGUAGCGUCGACGAGGUGGACAACUGCUCGUGGUUCUUUUCGACUGUCUUGUCUUAUUGUCAGGUGUCCGGGUUCAAUGUGCCGUAGCCCAAGUAAACACCACAACAAUGUGAGUCCUGUCCUUGAUGGGACUGUGCCGACAACUACUGCACUGUUACAGAUGGAUGGUGAGGGUGGGGUGGAGAGGGGGACGGGGG